AAAAAGUGUUCAAUUUUUUCGAUUUAUUCAAGGGAUCUAUUUCUUCCGAUUUCGAUGGAAAUCACUCUUAGCCCAGAACCUGGGCUCCCAAAAGCGGAGGAUCCUUCCCAAAACGAAGAGUCUGUUCCUAAUUCUUCGGAAGCAGAUCGGAAAGAGAUCGAUGAUUAUGUCGCAGAGCUCGGUGUCAAAUACGAGCAAAAAUCACAUCUCCGGUCCCAAAAUGUAGCGCCGGAUCGUCCUCCGGAAUCGUUUUUCACCAAAUGCGAUUCUAGUUUGAAGAAAAACACUGCGUUUGUGAAGAAAUUGAAACAAUUCACUGCCUCUCAGUUGGAGGGAUUGCUGAAGGAUAUGACUGGAUUAAAUCUCACCAAAUACAUUUCAGAGGUAAGUGCUGCAAUGGUGGAGGCCAAGCUAAAGAUGAGCGAUGUAGGACCAGCUUUGACGCUGUGUAGUAAAUUGCACCAGACGUAUGCGGAUUUCAGUCCAAGCUUUCUGGAAAAUUGGCAGAAGAUUUUACACGUCAGAGCAGGAGAAAAGAUUGGAAAUCCAAGCAAAAUGAGAGUGGACUUGAGAUUUUAUGCCGAGCUCGUGAGCAUUGGAAUCUUCAGCAAUAAAGUUGGGCUGCCAUUGUUGGGAGCUUGCUUGACUGCACUUAUCUCGCAGGACAAGGAUGAGCAUAGUAACUUAUCGAUUAUCUUGUCUUUUUGUCGGCACUGUGGAGAUGAAUAUGCUGGGUUGGUUCCUCGGAGAUUGCAGGAACUGGCUAAACAAUUCGACGUUCCGAUUCCUUCUUCAAGUCUUUUGAAUUCCGAUAAACAACAGAAUUUAAGGAAUUUACUCAAAGACUAUUACCAAACAGUAUGCGAUCAUUUAAAAAAUGAGCAUAAGCAGCUACAGUAUGCGGAAAAAUCCAGGCGUAGAAUGCUGGAGUCGAAAGGAGAAGUUCCUAAUGACAAGAAAGAGCAAAUUGAAAUGCUGCAAAAUAACUACGACAAACUGCUGUCGUCAACGCAAGCCAUGGCAGACUUACUGAACGAAAACUUGCCGGAACUUACUGUGGAAAUUGAAACCUGCCCCUCUGAAGGAAACGUGAUUGAUAACAUUGGAGAUGAACAAUUUGCUAAUCUGGAUCCAUGGGGCGACGAAGAUACUCGAAAUUUCUAUGUCAAUCUUCCCGAUCUGCGUCAGUUUCUUCCAAAUUACUGUGGAAAGAAAGAAGAAGUAAUCCCUGAUGAGCCGGUCAUGACAGAGGAGGUGCUUGAUAUGGAAGUUGAACAGGAACCAGAUUGUGAGGAAGUUGUAGAUCCUCCCUCUGAAAUCUCCGAAACAGCAGAAGUUGAAGAAGAGCCUACAACGGCACCGAGUACCCCUCAUCAUCAUGCAAAUCGGGAGCAUUUCGAAGCGUUUAUAGCAAAUUUGCAAAAUUGUGUCAAUACCGAACUGAUCGAUUCGGCAGCGAUUGAGUUUUUACUAAAUUUAAAUACGAAAAACAACAGGAAGAGAAUUGUGAAAAUUUUAUUUGGAGUGCAGCGGACGCGACUAGAUUUGCUGCCGAUGUAUGCUCGAUUUGCAGCUAUUAUCAACUUGGUUUCUGCAGAUGUUGCCGUCGAUCUGUGUCAGAUGUUGAGAGUCGACUUCAAAUACCAGAUCAAGAAAAAGGAUCAAAUAAAUAUCGAAACAAAAAUCAAGGUGGUGAGAUAUAUUGGUGAGCUGGUUAAGUUUGGACUUUAUAACAAAAUCGAAGCACUGUUUUGCUUGAAAUGUUUGCUGCACAACUUUCAGCAUCACCACAUUGAAAUGACGUGCGCUUUUCUGGAGGUAUGCGGAGUGUAUCUUUACAAUUCAAAGGACAGUCGUCUUCGCACUAACGUGUAUCUCGAGCAAAUGAUGCGUUUAAAGACUAACACUACGAUGGAUAGUCGCCACGCACAGCAGGUUGAAACUGCUUACUACUUGGUGAAACAACCAGAAGGAAUGCGCAUUCAAAGAAAAGUGCGCCCUCUAUUCCAUACGUAUAUCCGCCACUUGAUCUUUGAGGAACUGAACAAAUCAAAUGUGGAUAAAAUGAUUAAGCUGCUGCGACGCUUGAAUUGGGAAGAUCGCGAUACACACGACUACGCGGUCAAGUGUCUUUCUAAGGCGUACAGUAUUCGAUACCAUUUGAUACGAAGUUUGGCUGACUUGGUUUCCGGAUUGAGCUCGUAUCAGGAGAAAGCUGUCGUCAAAGUGAUUGAUGCUGUAUUCGAAGACAUUCGUGCUGGACUGGAAAUUCACGAUACAAAACAUGCCCAGCGUAGAAUAGCGAUGGCCAAGUAUCUGGGUGAACUGUACAACUACCGUCUAGUAGAAUCGAAAAAUGUACUGAAUACGCUCUACUCUAUGAUAUCCCUGGGGGUUAGCUUCAGUCAUGAAGUGCCCUCGGAAGUAGACCCUCCGGCCAGUUUGUUCCGACUGAAAUUGGUGUGUGUCCUACUCGACACAUGUGGGCAGUACUUUACUAGUGCGACCAGUCGUAAAGGAUUGGACUACUUCUUAGUAUUCUUCCAAAACUACUAUUGGUUCAAGAAAUCGGAUCCCAUUUUUACCAGCGAAUCAAACAAGGACCUCUUCCCUAUCCUGAUAGAUCACAUGUAUAAGGAAUGCUUCAAAAAUCUUCGACCGAAACUAAAGCUGUUCACGAGCUAUGACGCAGCCAAGGAGGCGAUAGAGAAUCUAGGAAAGAAAAUUUAUCCCCAUUUAUAUAACGUUCGGGACGAAGACGACCGUAGUCUCAAAACAAUCCAAGAGAAUGACACCGAUAAGGACGACACCGUAACAGAAGACUGCACAUCAGAGGCGUUCGGAGACUCUGAAGACGACGACGAUAAACCACGAAUUAAGCGAGGCGAAGAUGAAGAUGGUUUGGACGACGAUAUGGCUGAAGAUGAUGAUGACGACGACGACGACGAUUCGAAUCAAGAACUUGACCCACUUGUUAAGCCUCCACCGGUGGAGAAGACGAUUGAGGAUCUGGAAUUUGAGAAAGAAUUCGAACGAAUGGCUACGGAGAGCUUCUUGGAACGGUUGAAGGAACCAGUAAAGCUCAAUACCAAGGAUAUUCCGGUACCGAUUACGAUGCGAAGCAGUGGUGCAAAAAAGACGUAUGAACAGUUGCAGGACAACAAAGACAAGUCUGACAAGGUUCCGUUCGUACUGAUGGUACGAGGCAAAGGCAAACAGCAGCAGUACAAGACAUUCGAUGCUCCUUCAGACAGCCAGUUAGCAAUAUAUUUGAAGGAUCAAGAGCAGAAGAUAAAAGAGGAGAAUGAUAGCGUAAAAAGGUUGACUCUGAAUAUCACCGAACGGCUGGAAGAAGAAGAUUACCAAGAGUCGCUGCUUCAGAGUCAACGCUCGCCUGCAAGCAGUAAAAUACGAAUACAGAAAGCACCCAAGUUUAAACACCCCAAGGGAGCUCCAGAUGUUGAUGCAAUCUUUCAUUGAAGAUUGCUUUGUUCGUUCGGAUUAUUCGAUUAUCAUUAUUGCAAGUCAACAAAAAUAAACAGCGUAAAUAAAUUCAA